AUGAAGAAUUUAUUAUGCCAUAAGAAGCUUUGCUUGGUUCUUGAUCUGGACCAUACACUGCUAAAUUUUACACUGCUUAUAGAGAUGACAUCAGAAGAGGAAUAUUUAAAGAUCCAAACAGAUUCACUGCAAGAUGUCUCAAAAGGCAGCCUCCUCAUGUUGGACUUUAUGGAAAUGAUGACCAAGUUAAGGCCCUUUGUUUGCACAUUUUUAAAAGAAGCAAGUGAAAUGUUUGAGAUGUACAUAUACACAAUGGGCGAUCGACCCUAUGCGUUGGAAAUGGCUAAGCUCCUUGAUCCUCAGAGAGAGUACUUCAGCUCUAGGGUGAUUUCACGAGAUGAUAGCACCCAUAAACAUCAAAAGGGUCUUGAUGUUGUGCUGGGGCAAGAAAGUGUUGCUCUCAUUCUUGAUGAUAUGGAAAAUGUAGUGUGGCCAAAGCACAAGGAAAAUUUGAUAUUGAUGAAAAUAUAUCAUUUCUUUGCUUCAAGUUGUCACCGAUAUGGCUUCAGUUGUAAAUCUCUUUUUAAGUUGAAGACUGAUGAACUUGAGACAGACGAAGCACUUACAACUGUUCUUAAAGUUCUUAAGCAAGUCCACAAGAUGUUUUUUUAUGAACUUGAAGAGACUCUUGUUGACAGAGAUGUGAGGAAGGUGAUUAAAUUGAUUAAGAAUGAAGUCCUAAAGGGGUGUAUGCUUGUCUUUAGUCUUGUAUAUCCCACUAGAUUCCAGGCUGAUAAUCACAAUCUCUGGAAGCUGGCAGAGGAUUUGGGAGCUACUUGUUCGACGGAGCUUGAUCCGUCUGUGACACAUGUGAUCUCAACAGAUGCUGGAACAGAGAAAUCUCUUUGGGCAGUGAAACAUAUGAAGUUUUUGGUCCAUCCACGGUGGAUAGAAGCUGCUAAUUAUAUGUGA